UUGCCAGAAAAAACGACUCACAUCAGCUUAAUAUAGAAUUGAAGAAAUUGCAUUGAAACCACCAAAUAAGGGAAAAUCUUCUGGCUAUCCGUUGACUUGCAACUUCUACAUCCAAUAAUUAUCUGCCACGUAGCUCUUAUGCAUAUGUAAAAAAGAAAUAGACAAGAAAAAAAAGAGCCUUUGUGAUCGAACAAAGAGGACAACAUUUGAGAUUUCUUUCUUACGUGACCUCUCUCUUAAACAAAACAAGAAACAAGAUAACAACACGAGUAUAGUUUGAGACAAAAAAAAAAGCAUUUUGAUUUGAAGAUAAUAAGAAAUUUACAAGUUUUCUUAACCAGAAACUCAUAGCUCUUGCACAUCUAUAUGAAUCUGUUUCUUUGUUAAAUAGGGUUUUAUCUACUCCACAAACAUGUAUGCAGCUGCAAGUUGAAUGACCUCACCAAUGAAGGGUCUAUUAAAAGGGUUGAGGUACAUUGCUCGUAUCUUCGGUGAGUUUAUUCAUUCUCGAAACAAACUCACAUAUGUCUAUACAAUUACCAAAAAUCAGAUUCUUAUAUGUUAUAAAAAAAAUGUUGUAGAGGAUGAGAAGGAACCAGAGAUGCAGAUUGGAAUACCGACCGAUGUAAAACAUGUUGCUCAUAUAGGAUGGGAAGGGCCCUCUGCUACAACCCCAAGCUGGAUGCAUGAUUUCAAGUCUCAAGAUCGCACGAAGACUGAGACAAAGGGAAGCUCUAACAAGAAACCUGGGAGUUCCGGGGAGAAGCAUAGGAACAAGGGAAGGCGUAAAACAUCCACAGGAAACAACUCACCAGCAGAAUCUCCAUCAAGGGUAGGAGGAUCAGUGAGGCAAUCAAGACGCAGCACGGGCAAACAGAGAGAACAGAACACGGGUUCGGGGUCAGAGUCAGGGUCAGGGUUAGAGUUACCUCAACAGACUGAACAGUCUGUUGGACCAAAACACUCAAGACAGAAAAAAUCAAAAGGAUCAGCAGCAGGAGGAGGAGGAGGAGGAGGCGAACCUCCUCCAGCUAUUGAACAUGUAAAGACGAAAGAAACAGAUAUAUCCGUGAGAGCGGUAUACCCUUGUGCGGGUCUUGGAAGUUCUACAGGAAGAUGAAAGAUGAGGAAAAAAAAAAGAAGAGAGUGUUAUAUAAUCAAGAUUAGACUAGAGUGGUGGUGGUGUUGGUUUUGCUUUUGUUCUCAUGAUUGAUCUACACACUUUUGUCUUUUCUCUCCCUUUUGUUGGAAAUGCCUUUGCAUUACAAGACCAAUGAUUUUAUAUCGCGUCGAGAAAAGAGGAACCCUUUGAUGAUUGUGAACCAGGGAUGUGAAAUAUAUGCUUGCUUAACACUC